CGGUGUAAACAGGAAAUGCUAAGUUAGCGUGAAGUGCCAGGUUCCGGCGGCAGCGAGACCGCUGGGCUCACGCUGCACUGGGUGUAGCAGGGAAUCUUCCAAUCUCGUAAUUAUUGGUUUUGUAGUUCAGUGUUUUUUUAUGAUUACUGUGUGGUAAAUGUUUUAUAUGACAGGGUCGAUUAGUGGUCGAGGGUGCGGGUGACUGGGUGUGGGUGAGCGACACAUCAGCUAGGCGGCUAACUCCGGUAGGUCGUUUGCUUCCGAAGCCAGUAGAGGAGGCGAGUGGAAACUAGUCAGCUUUGGAGAUGUGCAAAGUCCGGAUGCUGAGAGUCUUGGUGAACGAGCGACUCAAUGUCGCCAUGGAAGAAAUCUUCGGACUGUUCGAAAGUACCAUCGCCGAGUACGAGGAGCAACUUUGCCGAUCCAAAGAGGAGAUCGAGCGACAACGACAACUGCUGGACGCCGUUUUCGUGGAGCCAGUCGAAGAUGGGAUACAUCGAGCAGACGUUCUCCCAGAGCAGCAGCAGCGGCGGCAGCACGACGCAGAGCCUCCUUCUGUCAAAAAAGAAAACAAGGAGGAAACAGAGGAGGAUGAGCAGCACUCUCGCUUGCCAAGCGUUGCGCCAGAGCGGCAACAUGAAGCAGCGCUCCUCUGCGUGAAAAAGGAAAGGAACGAUGAGGAGGAGCAUGCGAGAGAGACGCUCGCGGUCAAGAGCAAACGAGGCUGCAAGAGGAAGGUGGGGAGCGGGCUGGUGGAGCCGGUGCGGGUCGCCGAUGUUUCCGCUGGGGAAGAUGUUCCUUCGGGAUGGGAAGACGCCGUCGAGCUUGCGGUGGAGCUUGCGGACGACUCAUCGUCCUCGACCUCCGUUGAGGACGACAGGAGGAGGAGCUCGAGUUACGCUUGGACGCGGGCCGACAAGGGGCUGCUGGCUGCCUUUUUUGAGGAGUACCCCAUGUUCUACAACUCCUGUCUGGACGAGUUCAAGGACCCCGGCAUCAAAAGAGCCGUGGUCAGGCAGUUUGUCAAGGAACACUUUGAACACAAGGGCCGUCCUGCACCAAGUUAUGAGCAAGUGAUGGGCUUCCUGAAGAAUUACCGGACCAGGUUUGUCAAGCUCAGUAGCAAAAAGUCAGCUGGGGCAGAUGAGCAUCUGACGGCCACGGAGCGCUGGAUUCUUGACAACUUUGACUACCUGCGCCCUCAUAUUAAAAAGCGACGUGGUCGAGUCGCGCGCCAGUUCCCUUCUGAGGCGUCACCCAGGGCGGCCCGGGACGAUCGAGCCGACAAGCCCGCUCCCUCCGCCUGCGCCACGUGCGGGGCGGCUGGCCAGGCCUCCACCCUCGACGCCAAUGAGCCACCUCCACGGGUGAGGCAGCAGAGAGGUGGGCACAGCGCUGCUUUCCCCGACGGCGAGCCCAAGAUCCAGACCAUCGCACAGUACCUGAGAGAGCUCAUGACGAGCACGUCAGAAGACCAGACUUGAAGCCGGCGGUGACGAGACGCAACUGAAGGCAAAUGGCGAGCGGAGCCGCUCGUCUGAAAAUCCACGCGCAACGUCACGCCGGCGACUAGCCGCUCAGCUGCUCGUUUUGCCGCCGCAUCUUCAAACAUCGCUUGGCGUCAGAGCGCCAUCCACACUGGGGAGAAACCUUUCAGCUGCUCACCAUGUGGCUCCGCCUUACCGCCCUGGAUGACCGCAUGAGGACGUGCACUGACAAGAACCUCUCCGCCUGCGCUGUGUGCCGCGACAACGUCACAAAGCGAUACAAUUGGCGCUGCACAUGAGGACGAGCACGGGCCAGAAGCCCUUUAGCCGCAACUGCCAGGCCGACGCUUCACUCGCAAGUUCAUACCGGCUGAGGAGACGCAAGGGUGGCCGUGCACUUUGAACACUCAAACUUGUUUUGAACUCGAGUGAAAGCAUGAAUCUCCAGACAAUUAAAUUUUGUCUGUUUUCAUGUUUCUCUGACGGUUCAAACAGGAUAAAUUCUGAAUCUACCAAUCGUGUGUGUGUUUUGUCAAUCUCAAUUAAACAACACGUGAUGUCAAAGCUUACAAUUUCUGAAAAACAAAUUGGGCAAACACCCAUUACCAUCGAGUUGCUCUUUGUUCCCAUUCGCUAGGUGGCGGCACGAGAAACACUACGCAUUUUAAAACAACCGGAAGUGAGAUUUUCUUUGUUUUUGGACGCAGUGAGAUAGUGAUGUGCAUUCCAGUUCUUGGGAAUUAAAAAGAAAAAGAUUUUUAAGUGGCAUUUGGGAUUAAGUGAUUGUGUCCAA